AUGGUGCCCAUUACUAGUGAGCAGAUCGGAGUUGCCAAGAAGACAAGAUCAGAAAGUCGACGCCGAAAGCACACACACCCGUUUGGUGGUGGGUUACUGUCGGUACUGCUGUCACUGCUCUUAUUGCUUCGGCCAGCCUCUGCCCAAGAAGAGCGGAUUCCUAUUUCCGUGACCAUUAUCAAUCAGAGCGGAUCCAACUUGUUGAGUCACUGGAUCGAUCCAGAUUCGGGUGCCUUUGUGGCUUUGGACGACGAAGAAGACCCUCUGGUCAAUGGCAAGUAUUCCAACUACAACACUUUUCCAGGAGAUGAAUUUGCCUUUUAUCGACAGGACGACGAUCGACAUCGCCUCGUGUUGACCAUUGAUGAUGACGUAGACGAAGAGGAGAAUGAUGAGACCUGUAACCUGGUCAAGGACGAUGAAGAUUGUCAAGUGCCUCGACUCUUUUACUCCAUUCAUCCUGAUUUCCGCAUUGAACGAGAGAUCAACACGGAUCGCAUCCUGUCUCUCAUUGAGUUGUCCAAUGAGGGAAAGCUGUUGGCACCUCCACCGCCGCCGCCUCCGCCUCCUCCUUCGGACGAUGCCAGUGACAAUCAUCAGGAGCCUGCUAAAACCAAACUGUUUGUCCGCAAUCAGAGUGGAUCCUAUGUUCAUGUCUAUUGGAGAGACCUAGAGGAACAAACCUCCUAUCAAUUGACCAUUGAAACUCCACUGCUUCCCUACGGCGAAGAUUCGGAAAUGGCCUUUAACACUAUGGAGGGGCAUACCUUGGAGUUUCGCGAAACACUCACUUGCGACGAUGAUAAUGAUGACGAUGAAGGGUCUUGUCGAACCGUUCUGUUUCAAGUUCCUUCGGGUGUCGACGUCGGAACACAGCUCGUAAUUUCCGAACGCUUUGAAGCCAAAAUGGAAUCGGCUCCUAGUAGUAGUCCCAAUGCCCAAGAGGAACUGAGACGACCAGAAAUCGUGCCACCCAAAAAGAUCUACCAACAAGAGGUUGCGACCGGCAAGGACUCGACAACCAGCAGGACAACGACGACAACUGCCACCGACAAAGAGUCAACAAGCAGUACGACAACAAAGACUUCUGAACAAUCAGAACCAAGAGACGAUGACCGUCACCAGACAACCUCUGAAGAUGACAAAGAAAUCUCGCCACCGACCUCUGAAGGUGAAGCAGAUAGCUCGCCAUCACUACCAGGAGAGGUCCGCAAAGCCGGGGCGGAAGAAGAGGAUGACGAACUACCCUCCAUCUCCAAUCUACGAAAUCCACAACUACAGCUGUUUUACAUGCGCAAGUCCAUUCAGUCCAAGACCCAAAGUGUCCUGACCAUCAUCAAUGAAAGUGGUUCUCCUAUGGAUGUCUAUUGGGUGUCACCUGAGACAGAACGGACUUUGUGGCUGCUGGAACGCAUAGAACCUACAGAUUUUUACCGAGACAUCACCUUGCUGUAUCAUGAAUAUGAGGUUCGAGAGACUGGUGACUGUGAUGAUCCUGGUUCCAACAUCAAGCCUGAUGGGACAAAGGUAGAAGAAGACAACCAUCAACCUGCCUGCCGACGAGUCAGAUUUCGAGUGCCACAUCCUGAUGCAGAAGUUACCGUCACAUCCCAGUACAAGGCCAUGUACCUAGGUCAAGAUAUUUCCAUUGCCUGGGAAUCCUUGGUGCAUGAAAAGGACAGCAAUGAUCCAGUUUCUGCAAAGAUUUGGAAGGAAUGCCAUGAUGAGAGUUUGCUUGCAUUCACCAAUGCCGGAUCUCCCCUACAGAACAACAACACGCAAUUCUUGCAAUCAUUACAACAGUGCGUUCAUGUAGAAGUCUCACGAAAGAUUCUCAAAUCUCUAUAUCUUGUGCAGUUUGAGCCACCGUUGAGAAAACAUAUUGGAAUGUACCAUGAAUUCUACGCCUGUCAUGACCCCAGUAGCUCCACAUCAGAUCCUGUAAGGACUCUGAUGUGGGACACCGACAAAGAUCAAGCGCAGAGAAAAGUUCAAGUGCUCCUUGACUACCCCAAAGCCCAGGUCCAUGUUGUUGAUGAUUUUCUGUCAGGUGAUGAAUGUGCUUUCAUAGAAAGAACGCGCAAGGGCGAAAUUGAGCACACCACAACAUUUGAACCCACUGAACGAAGAGCAGGGCAAGCAACACUAAAGAUACCGUGGGACGAGGAAAGUUCAGGAAAUCCAUUUGCUCGUGUUGGCCGCAGGAUUUAUGAUUACACCAGUCUUGUACUUGGGACUAACAUUUCUGAGGUCGGUCAGGAAGAGCCAAUACUGAUGCAAUACCUCGGCAAGGCAAUUCAAGGCACAGACCCUCCAGAUUUGUACAGGACACAUUGUGAUGGUGCCUGCCAUGGUGGUCCCUAUCAAGCUGGAAACAGGAUUGCCACCAUGAUUCUCUACUGCAAAGUGCCAGAAGCCGGGGGGGACACACACUUUCUAGCUGCUGGUAUCCAUGUCAAACCCAAGCCUGGCCGCGCCCUUUUCUUCAGCUAUAUAGAUCCCAGAACCAUGACUGCUGACUAUGGUUUGACAGUACACAGUGGGUGCCCAGUGUACAAAGGGGAAAAACUUAUUAUUACACAAUGGAUUCGUGGUGGCAUCGGCAGCCACAAUAUAGAUGGAAAUGGGACUUCAGAGGAGCAGUUUCAAGCAAGGAUUCCUGGCAUGCUGGAAGGUGCAGCGGCUGUCUCAGAAAACCUUGUCAAGACUGUUGAGAACCCUGUGGACACAGAUCUUCCUGCCAAUGACAACCCAUUACCGGCGCAACAAGCUCAAAAGGUACAUGUUGCCUCUAACUACGAAGGGGGCCAGCUACCAAAUCCCUCCAGUUUAUCACAUCCACAACUGCAAAAGUUCUACCGCAACAAAGCUCUUAGCUCAAAUACCCAAAGUGUGCUAAGCAUAAUCAAUGAGAGUGGUUCUUCUGUGGAUGUGUACUGGGUUUCUCCAGAGAGGAUGGAACGCAAGUUGUGUUUGCUGCAACGAGUAGAAUCAACACAAAGUUACUUGGAUAUCACUUUGCUGUAUCAUGAAAUUGAGGUUCGAGAGACUGGAGGCUGUGAUGAUCUUCAUGCCAACAUCAAGCCUGAUGGGACAGAAAGGGAAGAAGACAACCAGGUACAAGCUUGUCAACGUGUCCGAUUCAGAGUACCUCAUACUGAUGCAGAGGUUACCAUCACACCCCAGUACAAGGCCCUGUACCAAGGCAAAGAUAUUUCCAUUGACUGGGAAUCCUUGGUGCAUGAAAAGGGCAGCAGUGAUCCAGUUUCUGCAAAGAUUUGGAAGCAAUGCCAUGAUGAAACUUUGCUAGCUUUUGGUGCUGCUGAGCAGUAUGCUUGGGACAAUAGCAAGCAAAUCUUGCAAUCUAUAAGACACUGCAUUGAUGCUGAAGUAAGGGACAAGUUGCUGGGUUUUCAGGUUCUGAUGGAUCACCAAGACUCGGUCCGGCUUCGAAUCGCUGGUUUAUCAGAGGGCUAUGCCUGCAAUGAUCCUGAACUCUCCACUUCUGAUCCUGUGAGUUUGCAGCAAUGGACAGAUGUCAAAGAUCAGAUACAGCGAAGAGUGCAAGUGCUACUGGACCAUCCUACUGCCAAGAUCCAUCUUGUGGAUGACUUUGUCACAGAUGAUGAGUGUCAUUUCAUCGAGAGAACCCGCAUGGGUCAAUACCAAUAUGCUACUGUUGAAGACAAGGUAACUGGUGGGACCCAAAUAUCACAGGACCGAAAAGCUCGACAAGCACCACUAUAUAUUCCUUGGAGCAAAGAAGAUUCAGGAAACUACUUGGCUCGUGUUGGCCGCAGGAUAUAUGAUUACACCAAUCAUGUGCUUGGAACCAAUAUAACUGAGAUUGGACAGGAGCAACCCACCUUGAUCCAAUACACAGGGCAGGGCUUGCAUGAUCGUGCACCCCCGGAUCAAUACAAAGUUCAUUGUGAUGGCCGCUGUCGUGGUGGUCCAUUCCAUCCUGGGACUCGAAUUGCUACAAUGCUUCUCUAUUGCAAAGUCCCGAAGAUUGGCGGUCACACUAACUUUGGGGCAGCUGGAGUUCAUGUGGAGCCAAAAAAAGGCCAUGGUGUUCUGUUUACGUAUGCUGAUCCCAUAGCCAUGGUCAAUGACAAUGGUCUUACAAGGCACAGCGGGUGUCCAGUCUAUGAAGGUGAAAAGCUCAUCAUUACACAAUGGAUCCGGGGUGGCCUAGAGAAUGGGAAGAGUUGGCAAAACUAUGACAAUGAUGGAAACGAGGUAGCAAACCAGCAGAACAAGGCAGCUAUUUCUGGAAUGCUACACGUUGUAGAUCCUACGUCAUAG